CGCAGCCAGUCAGAUCCGUUUUUCUUCCUCCUAGUACAGCAGAAACUUAUAUACCUACCCGAUGUCGCCAGUUACCAACUUUCUUUCCACUCAGUGAGUCGUAUGUAGAAAACCCCAUAGAUUAAGCAAGUAUCGGACAACCAGCACUGCAGGCCAACCCUGGCAAUGGAUGCCCAUGAAUCAGGAGUGAAUGGACUGGAAAGUGUUCAGUUUGAUGUCUGGCAAGACAUAUUGUUGCCAAUGUUGUCUAUUCAAGACAUAUUUCAGCUGUGUGCUGUAAGCAAAUCCAUGCAACGGUUGCUGCUCAAUGAGUACACGUUCAGACGACUUUGUCUGCACCGCUAUCAGCUCAGCCCAUAUUUGGAUGUGCCAUAUAUUCGAAUUGCCAAAAGCCUACAUAUCGCCGACCAAGCAGCCAGUAUGUUUGACAGCGGCGAUGAAAGUAGCCUCGACUAUCUCGAUUGUCUUACGUUCAAUUGCAGAAGGAGAUCGACUGUGCAAUUAUUAUGCCUGGCGUUGAAACCCUUCCCCAUUUUCAGUCGCAUCCCCAGCUGUAAAAAGUCUGGUUUACUUUACCCACCUUUUAAGAACGCUACACUGUUCCCGGAGGAUGCUUCUGAGGACCUACCGACUAUAUCCCCCAUUAUGAUAAGGGAAAGUUGCACGACUGUGGACCCCCUCAAACCCUUUGAGGGCAGAAUGUACCUGAUAGGAGAUAUAGCGAAUUUAUUGUUCGAGACGUGUGGCUCCCUUGAACAUUACCAAGAGGCCAUAAUCAACUGUUUGGAAGAAGAUAUGUCACUGCUUUUGGAAUGCUUGCCCUAUGUGCACCAAUCUUGGAGGCUUGUAGAGCUUGCGAAAGGUCUUCUCAGUUUGGCCAAGAGCGACGCUAAGAUAUGUUCAUACCUGGGACUAGAUGGCCCAGAUCUCGGCGCCUACCUUUCUUCUGUAUGGACAUAUAAUCCUUAUCUAUGUUGGUGUCUUCUGGAAAAUCAGGAUGACAUCCUCGAUUAUUUCGAUCCGGUGAUUCUUACCAAUCAAUGGGUCAAGAAGGUUGCAAACCUCGGAAGCAAUCAUUCAGUUGUCAACCUCCUGAUAAUUGGAAGGCUACGUACGUCUCAGGUGGACGACUACUUCACUGCUAUCAUAGAGCACGAAGACUUAGUAACACAUUGGCCGCAGCCCAGACGCCCCAAUCGUCACGAUCUAUACCUUGGUUUGGGUAGCUUUCUCCUUUCCUCAUCACAAGGACAGCAAUAUCGGAAAGAAUGGACGAAAGAGGAAUUGUUGGAUGCUAUGAUGCGAUAUGGCUAUGAACUUACUGUCAAGGAACUACUGUAACUGGCAGUGGAAAAAUGCAGAGCUGAGCUAUCACGUGACCACCUGAGUUAGAUUACUGCCGAUUGUUCCAGUAUUGAUACUUGUUACACGUGCUUAUUUGGACAUGAUUGAAAUCGCGUUCAGAACUUACGAACAUUUGAAUGUUUCCAUGAACCAUUUUAUACGUGUGCCUAAACACUUUUAAGUUUUAGCAUGUGUAUUGAAUUCCAUGGCUGGUAGCCCUCAUUCAUUAUAUUGGUUUACACCAUGUCAUCCAUGAAUUGAGAAUAAUAAUAAUUAUUGGGAUGAGGUU